CGGACAUUGAGUGUUCAUGGAAGCCCUUCGUGAAAAAAUGUAAUAACACUAAUCAAAUUACCUCCUUCAUCUAAUCCGCUGUGACGAACCGCUAGAUCUUCUACGGCCAUUUUUCCAACAUACAAAUUUCAUAUACGAGUUCUGAUCUCUGCCCAAAUGAGAAUCUCUCACAACAUAAUGACUACGUAGAUCUUUCAAAAGUUCUGAUAGCGGACUUUAACACUUCAACUGAUUGGAACGCUACGAGAAACAAUGUAGUCAAAAAUACGUUCUUCGUUUCUGUGACAACGUGAGAAACAAUAGCGCUUGUACAUGGCACGUUACUCUCCUCCAUAAUGAUGAUUAAAAAGUACUUUGUCGACAAGUAAUGACAUUUUACAACAAUUUCAAGACAUAACUAACCAAAAUGGGUUUUGUGGAGAGUUUUAGAAAUUUCACAGGUUGAAAUCAUGGAUGCCGGCUCAGUGGUCUAGUGGUUAAGUGCUCGCGCGCGAAGCCAUUAGGUCCUGGGUUCGAGCCCCGCGUGGUGCGGGAUCGUGGGUGCGCACUGCUGAGGAGUCCCAUACUAGGACGAAACGGCCGUCCAGUGCUUCCAGGUUUUCAAUGGUGGUCUAGCUUCAACUGACUCAAGAUUUCAACCUGUGACAUAACUAACCAGUUAGGACGAAUUUAAAACUAGCCAUUUAAUUGGACGAAACGGGAUGAUAAAUUUUGGAAAUAGGAUGAAAAAACGUUUUUAAAGGGGUGAGAAAAAUAUAUUUCUUAAUGAUAUUCUUUCAUGUCAACAUGUAGUAUUGGUCCAUAAAUGGAUCCCAAAAGUUACCAUCAUGCUUAUCGAGAAAUAAUUUUAUGAAGAAAAAAUAUCAUGCUACUUUGAUCAGACGAUGGUCCAGGUUAAGUCAACCUAAACAGAGACAUACACAUUAGCGAAAUAUUGACGAUUUAAAAUGAAUCCACGAAAUUCCUAAUCGACGGUACUAGGAAAGAUCUGACAGAAACAACUAAGAGGAGUAUUUUAAAAACAAGUGAAGGACUUGGUUGAUGAUCCGACGUACAACUCACUGAUGCCAAAAGAAUCACAAUUGAUUUACUUAUAGGGCAUAGACAUUAAUCCUAUUAUCACUACCUUGGUAGAUUCACAGCUUUGACUAGUUUUACCUGAAGUUAUUUAUUUUGUUAUGUGGUCUUCGUCAAACUAAUUCUUAUUUUGCUAUUUUUACUUCACACCAAAAUUAUCACGUUGUUCAUCGGCUUUUUCGUGCACUUAGUUCUGUAAACUUACGUAAACUCAUCAAAUCCUGUUUAACUAUAAUGUGUAACCCAUCUUAUCAAUUUCUAACUAUAAACCAUCACUACCUUACUGCCCUAGGUCCUCUAUAUCUGUUUUCAAAUGAUCUGAAUCUUGUGCAAGUUCUUCACAACUUCCAUAAUUAUCACACGAUCGGUCCUGUUCUGUUUCUGGACUUCGUUUAAUCACAGCCUCACCCGCUUUCCUGUUUUUGAAUUCCAUAUUCAAAUGACUUCACAUCUGUUCAGUCACAGAUAUAUAUAUAUAUAUAUAUAUAUAUAUAUAUAUAUAUAUGGUGGUUGUUGAUAAAUUUUAUUUUUCCAGUUCCCUUCUAUCAUUAAUGUUAAUUGUUGCACAUUAUAUCAUACCUCAAUAUUACGCUCCAAUCUAUAUAUGGUCGUAAGCAGCUGACAAGAAACCAUGAAAUGUAAUGGAUUCGUACUAUUCUGCCUCGAUUGCUAUUAUGCUCUUAUUCAAAUUUCUGAAUGGAGGCAGCUGGAUGAAAUCCAUGAGGAUGCACCUCCCGGUUUUCGUUUUCGAGUCACUCAAUCAUUCAAUGAUAGUCGGCUGCAGAAUAUAGAGAGAAAUAAUUUGAGUGUUCAUGGAUGCGCACUUUAUGAGAGUCAUAUUGUAGGACGAAACGGCCGUCCAGUGAUCCCUGGUUUUAUAACAUUGUUCGAUUCAUGAUCUCAAUGAAAACUCAAUCUUCACAAACCUACGCUGAUAAUGCGAAUAAUGUUUUUAACGGUGCUUGAGUGAUGGUUGCUUCCCUCAUCAAAUCUUUAAAUCUGUACGUGAAUGUUAAAUACCGUCUUUAUCCAAAAAUCUACGACGUGGCACACAAUCCCUAAUGUAAUGCAUUUGGUAGUUUUUCUCUGAACAGGAUCCUUUGGCAUUGUUAAAAUUGUUAUGGAUUUAAAUACUGUAUGUCAAAUCAAACUCAUGAAUUUAAUUCAAAAUGUUCAGUUGAAAAUCAGUCGAAAAUUUUUGAAGAAAUUAAUCAAAACACUUAUAAAAACAAAAACCUGACGUCUUUACUAUUAAUCUAGAUAGAUACUAACAGGAUUUAGGGAGUAAAGAACUAAGUCGAACUCGAAUAGAGGCACUUCCUCGGAUUAACAUUUCAUAUUGCUAAAUGUGCAACAGAUCCGACAACGAUAUGCAAUUUGUGUUUAUAUUUCAAUAGUUGUCAAAUCGUAAAGACUAAUAAAAUUAUAGUUGUAAACAGCUGAAUUUAAGUUAUUCUCAAUUGUUUAGGCUUUAUUCUAAUUCAGGUCUAUUUUUACAUAGUCUAGUAACUUUUGAAUCAUUAUAUACAAAAUUUUUUUGUUUAAAAUGUCAUGAAAUGAAAGUAAAUUAACUUCACUUUUCCCUAAUUCCAUCUGUUUCUAAUUUGAGUGACUCGUUUUGCAUUUCUCUUUCCUAAAAACCUUCAUUCAUCUUUAGUACCCUUGGUUAGAUGAUAGUCCGUACUUAGACUUUCUUGAUGCUGAAUUCAAUGUUUAUGGAUCAAAAACACUGAUUAGAAAGAAGUUGAUCGAUAAUGCUAGAGGUUCUGAACAAAUUAUCGAUUUCAUCAAAGUUUCAGAUAAUGUGCAUACUUAUGUUAAACCAAGGCUGUAUUCAUUUACAAAACUACCUAAUACAGAUUUUGGGUAAGGAAUGCUUCUUUUCCACUCUUCUUUUUAGUACGAUAGAUCAAUAAAUUUUCAGCGAUAUCAUACAAAUACUCUGUCUUUUUUUGUUUGCUAUGAAUAAUACAUUUCUGAAAAAACAUGUUUCAAUGGUUAAGAUCAUAAGUCAUUUGAAGCUAGACCAUGGGAAACCUGGAAGCACUGGACGGCCGUCUCGUUCUAUUGUGGGACUCCUAAGCAGUGCGCAUCCACGACCUCGCCUCCUGCGAGAUUCGAACAUAGGACCUACUAGUUUCGCGCGCGAGCACUUAGCCACUAGACCACUGAGCAGGCGUCCAACGGUGUCAAUGUCUAACUUCAACUAAUCCACGAAUUUGAGCUACACAUCCACCAUUGUCUUCAGUGGGCUACUAUCUCACAACAGACCUGGUUGAACUUAACUGGUCACUACUUCUCACUAGAACUCCAGUAUAUACCUCUUGAAGCCAGUCACUAGUGAGCAUAUGUUGAUUAAUAUCAGAUGGGUUUUGUGGAUAUCAUAGUAAUUUCAAUGGUUAGGAUCAUGAGUCACAAAAUGUUUAAAGGGUAUAUUUUUACAAAGCAGCUUCACAAUUGAUAGUCUUUAAGAAUUGUGUUUAUGUCUCCAUUCUCAAAUUUUACUACUGGGCAGACAAAUAUAAUGUGUGACCUGUAACAUAUGUGUUUCAGUUAAAGUUAUCAAGUUACAUGAAAACAGGGACUUAAAUCAUUAACAGAAAUAUCAAAGUAGUGUAGUGAUAAACAUUAUCAGUAGUAGUAAUAUUAGUAGUUUUUAUAUGUAUGGUUCUAGACGUAGAUAUUUUUGUAUAGAAUAAAGAGUUUUAGUUGUCAUUAAAACUAUGGGUUCACGGGAUGCUAGAGAAUGAUCACGUUUUCUCAAUUGUUAUCGAUUCUUAACUUGUCGAUCGACUCCUAACGUUCUGUUCGAGUGAGUUAUUUAAAAUUGAUAGGUCACUGAUUAUUGAACAGUCUCAUUCUUUUUAGUCCUUUAAUUUUAUUCCGAUCUAUCGAUAACGUCUAACCAUAAUGUAGUAUAUACUACAUAUGUUGGCAGGUAUAAAUAGUAUGCAACACUAGUGGAAAGUGGAAUGCAUGCCUGCAGAAGAUUACGAAGAUCCAGUUGAAGAAAACAGAAGAGGAAACAGAAAUUAAUAAUAAAAAACGGAAUCAAAAUACUCAUGGAGCAUGUAAAGGAAAACCAAUAAAAGAUGUACAAAUUAUGUAUUCAGUGUAUAGUUUUCAGAUUUUAAGAAAGUACAAAGUCAUUGUUCACCAUAUUAAUCUUCAAAGACUAGCUUUUAAGAGUUUAACGGUAUACGCAGAUGUUUGUUUGCAGUACAUUUUAUGACAUCCACUAGUACUGAUCAAACUGUUAAAGAUUAAUCUGAAUGUAGUUUUAUGGCUAAUUAAUGCUAACCGAACUUCAAACGAUAAUCAACAAUUAAUGACAGUUUCUUAAAAUAUAAGCAUUUCAAUACUAAAGUUAAAAUGUUGCAUGUUCAGUUUUAGGCCUGAUGAUUCUAUGUUGGAUGUUUAACCGAUUUACGCGUUUGCACUGCUGAGGAGCCCCAAACCAGUGAGAAACAUAUGUCCAGUGCUUCCUCUAAUAAUAUCAAUCUUGGGAGAAUAUUUCUUUGUAUUAAUUCAGUCAUUUCAUUUUACCUAAUUAUAUAUAUUUUUAGAUUCAUCAGUAGCACAAAUUCACAGUUUCACCUACAGUUUGUCACUUUACUGCGUUAAGCUUCAGUACGUUACUUGAAGUCCUUCUAUAUGAUGUUCAGAUUGAGUGUUAACCUGUCAAGAUUUCUUGACAUUUGAAAAAAAGCGUAGAUAGGAAAAUGAAGACAGUACGACACAGAUAAUCGUCCACUAUCCAACUACUCCUAAAACAUAAUUCGAAUUGUGAAAAAAACAAGUAAUCAUAACCAUUUUUGUACCUACUGUGCCAAUUUGAUGAUAAAGUUAUUUUCUCAGUGAAAGUUUUUAUCAGACGGCAAUUUUUCUCCGUAAAUUGAAUCAACGUCUUUAUUAUUUCUUUUUCCAGAGUUGCGUUUGUUAUGCCCACUGAUCAACAGUUGUUUCUGAGUAUUCCAAAACCAAUAAAAUCUAAAAUUACUACAGAUGGUUCAGGGAAUUACAUGAUUGACGAUGUUCUCAUCGAAAAUUUAAUAAAGAAAGCGAAAAUUAUUUUACCAUGGAAGGUAUUAGAUGUGUACAUGAAAAUAAAUUACCAUGUGUUUAAUUUGGAAACAGCUAAUGAACACAUGAUACUUCAUAAAGAUGAAGAUGAUCAAGUGAACGUGGAGACAACAUUAGUGGACGAGGAGGAGGGAGAAUAUAAAAUAAUAAAUAGAGGAGAAACUGUAAUGGAAGACAAAGAGGAACAACAACGAUUCAAUGCGUCAAUAUCAUUAAAUGAUGAGUUUAUUUCGAUGGAAAAUGAACUUCUCUCAUUACAAUUAAAUGAUUCAUUUUGUGUAAAUAAUACAAAUUGUUUAUCACAGAAACCAUUUCAGAGAAAACUUAUCAUUCGAAGUACACUAUCGUCCAACAAUGUUAAUGAUGAAUCUGGAAAUAUUCCAGAUAUUAAAAAUUUUAAUGGUUCUUCUUCAAUAAUACUCACUGAUCAGACAAUAGAAACAACAAAAGCGCUACAAUCCAGCGAAUCAAUCACACCACUAUUAUCAUCCAGAUUUGAGACAUCAGUUGGUGUCAGUGAAAUCGGUAUAGAUGACAAUAAAUCAUUAAUACCGAUAGAAAAUACAAAAUCUGUGGACAACAAACCCAUAAUAAAUGAAGUAAAUAUAUCAGUGGGUUUUGAAAAUACUACUAUUGCUACCACUACUACUACUGUUACUACUUCAGCCACUUCAGUAUUAUUAACAAGUCCUGAUGGCAUAAUUAGUCAAACUACAUUAGACACGGUAAAAGAUGAAGUGAAUGUAAACAAUGAUGGUGUGGAAUCGGAUCAAAUAAUCUCUGAACAAAAUAAUGAAUUAAGAAAUUUCCUUGCAAAAAUACAGAGUAUCAAUUCUAAUCAAACGGAAUUAUUGUCACAAAUUCUACUGGAAAUUAUCAUUGCAGAGAGAGAUGUCACGGAAUCAGCUGAAUCAAUCAAACUUAAAAGUCCGAUACUUUCACGAACUAUAGCAUUAAAUACUGGUGUAAUAUGGACAAUACCAAUCAACACUAAUGAACAAUUUUAUAAUGAAUUAAAAUAUUGGCCAAAUUCACCUAUAUUUCAACGUGUAUACGAUUCACGUGAUUUGAUAUUUUGGGUACGGUUAAGAAUGAAUGAAGAUUCUGCUAAACCAAGAGGAAAUCCGGUCGUCACAGAAGACAAUAGUAAUUCUUUAUUACAAGGUAAUACUAAACAAAUAAAUGACAAUGAUACCAUUAAUAUUACUGCACAAACCAGUGAAAAUCAGUUACAGAUAACACCAACAACAACAAAGUCAACAAUAAAUAUUACCGAGGAAGAGCAAAAUGUGAAUCAGGUUGACGGUAGUAAAAAUAUUCACAACAGGGAUAAGGUGAUAGAUGAUCAUAAACAUUCACAUAUUGAAAUCGAUGAAUAUUUCGAUGAAUCAUUGCCAACAGUUAGUGAAGAUGAAUCUAUUGAAAAUGUGGAAUUAAUAAAUCAAACUAUGAUGAAUACUCAAGAUAAUACUGCAUUACCAGUGACUAUAUUUACAUCGAUUACAAUUACACAAGGACCGAAUGUCUAUAAAGCUGGAGUUAUGGGUAUAACUCUGGAACCAGAUUAUUUAUCUGAACAGUUAAAUAUGAUUCCAGAAUGUUCAGUUACACAAUCGAACAAAUUAUGUUAUUUAUUAGAAGAUGCAGCUAACAUAAUUGCUGUGAACAACAAAUUAUUAUAUUAUCAGUAUUUUUUCAGGCUUGAAAGUCCCAGAUUCGAUUCACUUCGGGUCCGUGGAUGGUCACUGUUGAGGAGUCCCGUUCUUGAACGAAACCAUUGCCUAAUGUUUUCUGGUUUUCGAUAUUUUUCUGACCAAAAUCAGUUUACGAUGUGAAAUUUCAAAUGUUUCUAGACAGUUAUAGGUCAAUUCCUUGGACAUAUUGAUCCAGAUCUAAUGAAUUCUUUAGUUCAGAAUCAUGUUUAUGGAGUUCUGAAGGAUUAUGAUUUCGAAGGUACAUGUUAUCCGAGAGAAGACAUGCUUGAGACGACUUCUCCUGGAAUACACCCAAUACCGUCUAUCCUUACGUACACACAAAGUUUGUUCAGUGUGCGUAUUUGGUUGGAUCGAUUAUUGACAAUCGGUUCAGUAAGUGCAUUUAUUACCAGAGCAUUUAUCGUGGGACUAAUUAGAGUAAUAGUUUCAGGUGAUCUAAACGAUUAUGUCGAUCCACAAAAUAAACCAUAUCAGUGCAUUAAAUUAAUGCAUCGUUAUUAUUCAUUAAAUAGUGAGCUAUAUGAUACAAUAAAUCCACCAUUCAAUGAUGGCUUUCACCAUAGAUUUCAAGGACUUAUAUCAUGUUCUCAACAACGCAAUCGUGAUUGGUCAGUACAAUCGAUUAACGGUACAAAUCUGUUGUUACUUAUCACAGAUCCAAUAUUUGCUGAGUGCGAAAAGAUAACACUCAUUAAACGUUUACGCCGUGAUCCUGUAAAAGGUUAGUUAUAAAAAAAGUAAGAAAACGAUUUUAAAAAUUUGCCUUAAUUAGAAAUUUGUGUUUGAGAGGAUAGAUAGACUGUAGCCAGAAUUGGUAUCUAGGAGGCGUGUUUUGCCCCAUUCGAGACUAGUCAAGUGGAUACACCUUCAUCCGAGUAUUUUUGUGUUCACAUUUGGACAUGAAUCAAUCACAUUUUGACUUUAAAAGUGUGUCUAUUUUUACCUUUUUGAUGCAAGUAUUUAACACCCACAUAGACAAAAUCGGGAAUUAUGUGUUUUAUUGACCUUUGGUACCCAAUGGAAAUGACGUCAGGUAUGUUAGGGAUUUGAUUUACGGCUUUUUAGUGCCCAAAUACCAUGGUAUCUUGUGAACUACUACACGUGAGUCCUAUCAUUGUCAACUGACCUUGGGGAGUAAUGGCUUAAUUAAAUGACUUGCCAGACGAACCCUGUUAGUCAUUACAUUACACAUUGAAAAUUAAGUGUACUGAUGGUCCAAGAAACAGCUUUCAUAAAUUGUCACUUUUUUAUUUUUCUCGCUACCUGACCACGUCUGUUCAUCAGUGAUCCUAUAAUGAUUGCUAUAUACAAAUAAUCUAGUUAUCCAUUAAAAACAAGACAAGUAUACAAUCUUUAUAUUAAAAAAUCCUUCAUUAUGAGCCUAGAUGACAUGGAUGUAGAUUAAUUCUGAAAAAAAACAAAGCGUUAAAAGCAUGAUUUAUGCAGCUAAUUAUCUAUAGAUUAACUUGAUAGAUAUCCUGGAAGAAACAACUGAAAAUUACAUUCCAAACUGGAAGAAGACUUAUCAUCUUAAGUUAUGUAUUACUAAAUAUGACAAAAAUUGACAGUUAUCCAUAGCAAGCAAUCGAUUGAGGGUUGAACAAGAUCAUGGAUUGAUUAAAUUGGAUAUUAACAUCGUCGGAUGCCGGCUUAGUGAUCUGAAAGUUGAGAGUUUUCACCCGAAACUAAAAGUCAUGGGUUCGAGUCCCGCGUGAAGGAUCGUGAACGCGCACUGAUUAUACUAGUACGAAAUAGAUGUCCAAUGCUUUCAAGUUUCAAUGGUGGUCUAACUUAGAUCGGCUCGUGAUUUCAACUGUGAAAAUUAAUUAACUAACUGGAACUCAGAUAAGAAUGAAGGAAGGAAUAGAAAUCUGUACUGAGUGAUGUGAAUCAAAACAUUGUUACGUAACUGGCUGUUGAACGUGUUAUCAUCAAAUAAUCAGAAGAAAAUUAAUCGUAAUAUGUUUUAGGAUACAUAAACUUUUUAUUAUUUUAGGAGACUAAUUUAUGGACGAGCCAAUCAGGAGCGUUUUAGAGAUUUCAAGGUCACGGCGCCAACUUUAGUGCUUAAUGCUAACGUACGAUCGUUUCACAUGAAAUUUUGUACAAAACGUGAUAAUUGAGCGGCUAUAACAAAUAAAACGACUAUAAUUUGUGGACGAAUCAAUCAGGUAUACGAUAACAGACCUCGGAUUUUGGCGCGAAAGCCUUUCAUCCAUUUGGCUAAAUAGAUUUCUGGCAUUAUAGCCAAUGCCAGUUCGUGAUGAAAACCCUAUAUAUAAUUUCUAACUAAGGCAAAUUAUUACAAUUAUUGCGAACUGGAUAAUAAAAGCACCAGUAACACUGGCUGCAGCCAGGUACUAUAAUAUAUACGGAUGAUCGGAAAGCGUACAAACUCCUACAUAUACUCGGUUAUGUGCAUUAUUGUUAUCCACAAGUGGCAUUUUGUGUACUCAACAACCGGAGUGCACACUAACAAUAUUGAAGCUAUGUGGUCGAGGCUGAAAGAGUUUUUGCGACCUUAUGUCAAUAAAUAUGUACUUUUUAAACGAUGGUUGUGGCAGUUUUCCAACCUUCAGCCCCAUAUAGUAGAACUUUCUUAGGGUUGACGUUAAAAUUUACAACUUUUGUAUUAGCUGACAGUUUUUCUUCAACUGUAGGUAUGGUUCCCUUGCUUUGGCGAACCAUGAAUUCAAAAACCCGUCAUAUUCUCCUUGCUUAUCAGUGAUGCUGUCUAUUUAUGGAAAGGUUUUUACCUCUUUCAGAGCUUCUCUAUCAGGUGUGAUUUGGUUGUUGCACGCUGUGUUGUAUCUUGGGGUCUUGCUUUUCUCAUGUGAAUGUUGAGGCCUGUUGUUGUAGAAGCCGCUGCUACAUCGUAUGUCUUCAUCUACAUUUGUUUCUGUGUGUAGGGUAGAACGACCGAGUCACUGGAUGAGUCCACGCAGCUAACUGCGUCCAAGAUAUCCACUAUGUUUUAUUCUACUUCUGAGUUGUGGGGGUUCAGUCAAAAGCUAGGAGAACAAAAAAUGAUGAGAGUAGAGAGCCUUGUCUGACAUAAAUCUUGGUACGGAACGCAUUUGUGAGCUGUUCUUUUUGGACGACUUUGAAAUUUAGUACAUCUCAGCAGUUUAGUACGAUGAUGACGAUCUUGUCAGGUAUCCCAUAACGUGAAAGAGGGUUCUUUGAAUUUCUUUUAGCCACACUGUCGAAUGACUUCUCAUAAACAGGGAAGUUGAUGUAAAACUAUGAGUUCCAUUGAAACGACUUCUCAACAAUGAUUCGAUGUGUCACGAUUUAUUCGGAACAUGAUCUAUAUUUGCGAAAUCCAACUUGUUGGUCUCGAAGUUGGGUGUCCUGUGAAUCAUUUAUUAAUUCGGAAACACUCUGUUGAGAACUUUUCCUGACACUGAGAGUAAUUUGAUGUCUCAUUUAUCACAUAAUCCUGAUUAUGUCAUUUUCCUACGUAAUUACUUAUUUUUAUCAUGAUUUAUAAUUAUAACUUCAUCAUCUCCCUAAGUUUAUGUUAACCAGUUUUCGACACGUAAAUAUGACCUCCAUAUUAGCCACUAUUGUUAAAUAUCGCAGUUCACGUAUUUCACCCCAUCUUUUAAUAUUCUCCUCUACUUCGGGUGCUCCCAUUACAACCUCACCUCAUCAUUCUUUCUUCUCGAAGCAUAUUACCUGUUCGUACCGUUCUUUACUACUACUGAUACUGCUACUAAUAAUAUUAUUAGUACUAUUAGUACUGAUAGUGGUGCAGACCACCAAUGUUGGUGGUCUAUUCGGGUUGAUUGGGAAUAACGUGACCUUCUGACUUACGUUGUGAAGUCACACCUCAAUAUUAAUACCCAACCUGGCUUGCUGUAUCUUGAUAACAAGAUGGAUCGGCUUUGCUAGUGACAAAUAUUAUAUAAUACUACUGCUAAAGCAGAAUGUAUUAGUAAUUACAGAUUGAAGAAAUACAGAUAAGGGUCAUUGCUGCAUGCACCUGUCCGUGGCGUGUAUUCGGUCGGUGUGGAUUGAUCAGGCUUGACCUCGGCGGUAUUCAAUACGCUGUUCAAUAUUCAGUGAUCUCUUGUCUAACAUAGAAACUGUUCAGUUAGGGCUCAGGGAAAUUUCGCUAACCCUUCAGUAGUUAAUAAUAAUAAUAAUAAUAAUAAUAAUAAUAAUAAUAAUCGUAACGAUGAUUUCCCUUAUUGAGACUACUGCCAUACAGUAAACUCCAUUCCAUGAUGACAUAUAUAUCUUCACUAUGUACUUUUAAAAAUCACCUCAGUCAAAUCAAUGUUGAUCUUCUUCCAGAUGUCGGUCCAGAUGUUUGUGAAACUUCCCGUGUUCCGCGCUAUCGUAGACAAUCACAAAAGUGGACUUUAGUUCCGAAUGAUGAGGAUAAUCCACUUCAUUGUUCCAGUACAGAUAGAUUACAGAUUUCAUUAUAUAUGAUCAUGAUUUUGAAUGUUUUUUCUUUCAUUGUAUUAUUAGUUAUUUAGUUUAUUGAUAUCAGAAACACUUCCUAAAUCGAAUGUACACGAUUACUGGGGUUGAGAUUUUGUAAAACGUUUUGUUCUACUUACUAUUAGUCAGUAGUACAACAAGAAGAGCAAAACAUAUCGGAUUGAUGGUCAUGGGUUUGUCUACAUAAUUGUGUGCCAUCAUAUUAUGCAAAACCAAUGUUAUUUAAAAUAAUAAUGAUAUAAUUUAUUCUAGAUUGUUAUUCCAUUAUAAUCUUGUGUUUUAUCUACGUAUCUUGAUCUGAUAGUUCCUCGAUAUACGUUACCAUUUAUUAACCGAGAUACAAGUAAUCCAUCUACUGAGUAAAUUUUUUCAUGCAUAUGUAAUGUUUUGGUAAUUCUGUAUUUUAUUAUCACAGUCAAAUAAACUCUAGACAAUUUAACAUGGGAAUUUGAAGCCGAAGUUCCUUUUUUUCCAAAUGUUUAGUUUAAGAUAGAAAAACUACUGAUCAAUAAGCUUAUCUUAUUGCACUGUAUUUCAGUUUCAUACAUAGUUUACUGAACACACACUGCAAUAGUAAUUGAAUUCUUAUUAUACAGAAUUUCUUUGUCAUAAAUUAGGGAUAGUUAUAAGAAUUGUGAGUUAUGUGAGAUCGGUUGCUAUUCGUGAAUAUGGUCACUUGAUGAUUACAUUACUGAUGUGAUGUUCAACAAGGAAGCGAUAUCAGAAAGCAGAAUAACUGGUUGACAAAAUAAAAGUUGUAUUAUACUUAUUUUAUAAUUAUAAUAUAAUUAUAAAGUAGAAUAUUUUAAAAAAAAGGACAGAAAUUCAUUUAAGACAUAGGUGCUUUUUGGAUUCACAUUUCAUAAGUCAUAAACCGACAUAUGAAAAUUAAAAUGUUACUAUCAAGUUGAUUGAUUAGCAACUAUAUUACCAGUCAUUUGAAUUAUCUGACUGAAAGUGAAAUGAAUGAGAAUAAGUCGACUGCGAUAGUUUAUCGAUGCAUAUAUUUCAGUCAAGUCAAAACAGUCUUAAAAUAAAGAUAGCGGAAGUAGGAUAAUAUAUUGCAAUCAAUGGGGGGAAAAUGAAUUACACUUCAUAUAAAAAAUGAAGAAUAGCGUUUAAAAUGUAAACAGCACGAAAAAAAGAUUUAGGUUAGAUAAAUGAAUCAUGACAAAUUAUCUAGUAGAAGAACAGAACUGAGUGAUGACAUCUGAUUAAAUCGAACAACAGGGAUGGACUGCAUUGCUAGCAAAUUCAGAGUUUGUAAAUUAAUCCAAUGCCACAUCGAGAAUAAAGCACAAACAGCAAGAAGAAAACCUCGAGAUAAAUAAAAAACUGACAGAUAAUUUGAGGCAUUCCAUCAUGUGAAUUUGACUUGCAUAGAGACUAUGAUACAUAUUUCGAUUUUCAUAUUAGAAUACAUAGGUAAAUAUGCAUUGAUAUGUGUAAUUAACAUGUGUUUCAUCUGUGCUUGAUUCACCUGCUAAACAAUCAAAUGGAAAAUAUUCAUCUGCCUCAUACGCAUUAGGAUACUCUUAACUUGAUUUGAAUUCGCUGCCUGUGCAAACUUCAUAUCUGGAUAAACUGGUUCUCUGACUGCUUUGGGAAAAUUUCCUAUUCCCUUUGAUCCUUUAUACCGCUCACUAGAACUCUACUUAUUAUACGUGUGUUGUGAGAAUAUCCAACAGCUGAUACAAUAACAUCAGAAAUGUGACUAUAAUUCGACUUAUUCGGAACAUAUAUGUCACUUUCAUUAGGAAUAUCACUGGAAAUAGAUCCAAUGUGAGGACAAAUGACAUUUGAUAUGACGUCAGGAUCUGAGUCUUCUGAAAUAAUUUCCUCAAAUUUAUUAGGAAUUUCACUAAAGAAUAAUGAAUCCUUGGAAAAAUCAGCAUCCAUCCAACCUGCAUCAGGUUUUUGAUCAUGAUUUGAUUGUCUCACAAGGAUUCUGGGUUUCAUUUAACUCUGGACUGCGGUGGUAUUAUCAUUUAUGAACGAGCGAAUCGAAAGCACUUGAGGGGUUCCAAGGUUACGGCGUCAAUUUCAUUGCCUGAUGGUCAAGUACGGUCGAUUUAAAGCGCAUUUUGAAGAAGACGUGAUAAUUGAACGGCUACAACAAAUGAGAUUUCUAGGAGGUUUAUUUAUUUGUGAUUGCGGUAAUCAACUGACUGUUGGACCUUGUACAGAUAACUGUGAUGAUGUGUUUCGAUGUUACUUAUGUUGUAGGAAGACUGCGGUGUUUGAAUGAAUUAAUGAUCCCUUUGUACUUGUUGCAUGCUUGAUUUCGAAUUCUAAGUACAGUACAUUCGUUCGUGCUUAUCUAGUACUUCUUGAUCCGACUACGUUAUUUCUGGGAUUCCUAGUUCAUACUAUAAUUCAAGUACUCCUGAAUAUUACAAAGACCUCUACUAGGAUGGGAACUUUUAGCGCUCGAUCGAAACUGAGACCAAUGCAAGUUUUUUUAAUUGUUGCGAACUGGAUAGUAUAAUAUAUAACUAGACGAAACAGUAGUAAGAAAACGGAAAUCCAAGAGAGGACGUAGCAUUAAGGAAGACUGUAAUAUUAGCACUUCCAUUAAUAUUCCUCACAGGCCCUUGGAAUAUAUGACAGGUCUUCUCAAAAGGAACACUUUCAACGGGUCAGAAACCGACAGGUAACGACGAUAAUAACAAUUAUACGGGAAUAUGUGCAGCCGGGUACUACGAUAUUUACGGAUGGUCAGAGAAUGUAUAAAUGCCUCCGUAGACUUGGUUAUGUGCAUCAUGUCGUUAUUAACAGGCGCCAUUUUAUGAACCCAACAACUGGAGUGUACACUAAAAAUAUUGAAACUAUGUGGUCGAGAUUGAAAGAGUUUUUGUGACCUUAUCAUGGCUCCAGAGGCCGACUAUUCUGUAGCCAUAUGGAUGAGUUCUUCUGCCGUAUGCAUUUCGAUUUUAGAACCUCCGAACCUUUUUUCUAACCUUCACAAGUUUUUGAACCACGUAUAAGAAGUGUAUCCACUUUCUUUCUUUGGUUUUGUAUAAUAUAUUAUUACUCUAUAUUGACUGUUAUCUGAUUGGCUAAUAUUUCACAAGGUGAUCCAUAAGCUAUAGUCUCGCGAAAUUCAGCAUCGCUUGCAGCAAAACGAAUAGUAUUAAUACAAACUGCCUGUAUUUGUCCAAACAUAACACAUUUAAAUCAUUACGAUACACACAUGAAUUGUAGUGUCAGUUAUUAUGGCAAGCCCAUAUACCUUUAUUCUAACUUCCGGACAUCCUAUUUUAUUCAUUUUACUUGAGCCAUAUUUUGACCUUGUCAAUUAUUCGCUUAUUAGCCUUGACUGUUUUCACAUGAGCGUAUAUGUGUGUACACUUCAUGUCCCAUGACUCAUUGUAUGUCUGUAGCUUAUUUUGUCUGCCUAUAAAUACUGAGUAACGCUUAAUUAAAAUGGAGUUGGCUUCACAGCCAUCCUCCCUGUGCGUCACUUUGCUUGGCUCUGUUUCAUUCACUUCAUAUACAAAAUAUAUGUAUUCAAAUGCCAUUCUCGUUAAUCGACUUAUUUAAUUCCGUUAUGGACUAACGCGAUCUAAGUCGACGAUGAUAUACGAAAAUAGGUGAUAACAAUCAUUCGUACAAUCUAAAUAGGAGUCAGAUCAACAGGUCACAAAAAGUUACAUGGGUGAAUCUUACUUCGCAACUUCUCAAUGAAUGGUUGUCUGAAUAACCGUAAUUACUCACUGGACUGAGACGACUUAGUUAAGUAGUCGAAUUCCUGGUGUUCUGAAGAAUCAUUUAACUUUUUCUCUUUUACCGCAUUCAAAAUUUAGCGACCUACGUACACACCACGCACUCACUGUAGCUAGUCUUGGAAGCAAGCUAGAUGUAUUACAAUAAUUAAUUUCCAAUCUCACAUCUCAAGGUUCGCGAUCUAGUUUGCAGAUGAGUAAGAACAGACACAUCAUAAGAAUAAACGAAUAUGACGACCAAACAUUUUGGUACCAUAGAAAGUAUGGCGACAUAGCUAUGAAGUGUGUUACGUCCUGCAAAUUUUUCGAGUUAUUUUUCUUGCUAAAACGUUUCAACCAGACAGUAAUAACGAUAGACGUUACUGGUCAUGCCCGUAGUCGCCUCUUACAUGUCCUUGAAAAGACUUCUGGUUACAAAUUCUAAGUAGACACUGGAACCGAAGUAAGUGUUAUUUCAGUUACCUUAGCCAAGAGACCUAUUGUUAAAUGUGAAAAAUACUCUUUGAGAGAGUUUAAUAAAACUGAAAUCAAGACAUUCGGAGAGAAACUCCUGACAUUAGACUUGGGAAUUAGACGUCUUGUAAGCUGGGUGUUUAUUAUCACUGAUGUCUGUCACUGUGUAUUAAGUGCAAACUCCCUAAGCUUCUACAACUUAUAAGUUGAUGUUAAAAAAAAUCAAAUUUAUCGAUUCUUGAACAAAACUUCAAGUUCUAAUAGUUCAGUUGGAUUUUCACAUACAUAGUAUUAAAACCGACACCCCAGUAAAGGAUAUAUAUUUUAUCCAAUUUCCCCAAGACACCGAAACCAGAUUACAGUGAAAGCACCAUCCAACAUUCGUAGCACAUCGAAUCAUGACAAUAAGCACGUCCAUCUCGAUCACAACCGGAUAAGCUUACUGUUUCAAAAGCCGAACUCGAGCACAUGAUGCGACUUGGAAUAAAACACUCAUCAAGUAGCCCCUGGGCAUCCCCACUCCACAUGGUAACUAAGUGGGAUCAGGAUUGGCGGCUCUGUGGCGAUUAACAGUCAUUGAAUAACUUACCGUUACCUGACAGUUACCCCAUUCCAUAUUUUGUGUGACAUUUUGCCUACGUUACACGGUAAACUAUUUUUUUCUAAAAUCAAUAGAGUGUAUCAUCAGAUUCCAGUAGCAUCCGAGGUUAUAGCAAAAACAGUCACCCUACUCCAGUUGGUUUGUUUGAAUUUCUGAGAACGCCAUUUGGAUUAGAGAACACCUCACAGACACUUCAAUGAUUUAUGGAUGAGGUCACUAAAGGCCUAGAUUUUGUUUUCGUGUAUAUUGACGAUACGUCAGUAGCUAGCAGUUCGUCCCACAAACAUACCGACCACGUACAUCAACUAACAAAAAGAUUUCGGAGAUUUAGUAUGAUUAUUAGUUCAACCAAAUGUAUUUUUGUAGUCGAGAGUCUUGAGUUUUUAGGUCACUUCACUGACAAACAUGGUAUCAAACCGUUAGACUCAAAAAUCGAAGCCAUCGAAAAUUCUUGAGAGCCAGAUUCAUCGAACAAAUUUGAUGUUUCUUGGAGAUGAUGAAUUUUUGCUGCCGGUUUUCUCCACACUACUCAGUCAUUCUAUAACAUUUAGGGAGGUGCUAAAAGACAAAGCCAAAAAGUUCACAUUAUCCUCCAAAGCAAAAGACGCUUUUUCUGCUGCUAAAACAGCAAUUGUUUCUACUACCAUGAUGAAUUACUGUGGUGUUUGAACAAACUAAUGAUUCCCAUAUACUUGUUGAAUGCUUGAUUUCGAAUUCUAAAUACAGUACAUUCGUUCGUGUUCAUCUAGUACUUCUUGAUCCGACUACGUUAUUUCUGGGAUUCCUAGUUCAUACGACAAUUUAAAUACUUCUAAUUAUCACAUUGGCGUAACGAUGGAGCCUGUGAUGGAAUUGUUGGAUAUACAUUCAGAUUUCGAUGCUUUUGAGGAUUAAUUUGAAAGGUUCGAAAUUCGGGCUAUGACCAACGAAGAUGAUGAUGUUAACAUUGUAGCACAUUCACUCACAUUCAUCGGAAAAGAAGCAUAUGGCUUAUUAAAAACUCUGCCUUAACCGGAAAAGCCCAUUUCGCUUCCUUACACAGCUCUCAAGGAACUACUACUAGACUAUGUUAAGUAUACAAAUUUCGAUUGCGGUAAAGGGAGAUUUCGUAAAAUGAUUCAUGAGGAUAUAAAAAAUUCCACUACAUUACGUCAUCGUAGUCCGGCGCGUACUGAAGGUUACGCAGAUAAUUCAUUGGGGAGUUGCGAUGCAGUUCACGAAAGUGGGCACAAGUUUGGUCAAUGCUUGUCCUGUGGUAUGUUCCACUCUUUUAAUCAAUGUAAAUUUCGUAAUUCUGAGUGCUUUAGAUAUGGUAAUAUUAGACAUAUUCAGCCCGUUUGUAAUACUACUGUUCAUCUUGCUGCAACGAAUAUUAAGUCUUGUAAUUAUGAUUCUAUUAAGUCCAGUGUUCCUAAUGAUAAUUUGUCUUUAUCAACGAUUUCAAAAGACAGUGUAGAGUUAAAUGAAACUCAGAAUUCUCGUGAGACAACAGUUUCUAAUCAAUCGACUGGUCAGAUUUCUCAUGUUAUCGUACCAGAUAUGGUUUUUCCUAACGAUUCACUUAUUUCUAACGAAAUUCCUUCCAAACCUGAGGAAAAUAUGUUGAGUGAACCUAAUCAUGAUCAAAACCCUGAUGUUUUCAGAAUUCUGAAUACAGUACAUUCGUUCGUGCUUAUCUAGUACUUCUUGAUCCGACUACGUUAUUUCUGGGAUUCUUAGUUUAUAAGAUAAUUCAAAUACUUCUAAUUAUCACACUUACCCAAAUCCUGAUUCGGAAGUAACACUAAUUCUGUGUAUGGACGUGUCCCAGGCCACACUAAGUGUGGUACUGCCAUAGUGAGUAGAUAAUGAAAUCAAACCAUUUGCUUUCUUUUCAAAGAAACUAGAACCAACUCAAACGUGAUACAGCACUUUUGGUAGAGAAUUAUUGGCUAUUUGCUUAGUGGUUUAACAUUUUAAACAUUUACUGCAAGGUGAUUUCGUAAUAUUGACUGACCAUAAACCUUUGACUUACACCUUGAGUGCCCAAAGCGAUAGUUAUUCUUCCAGAGAAAUUUGACAAUUAAAUUACAUUUCCCAAUCCUCCACCAACAUACAGUUUAUAAAAGGUGAGUCAACUGUUUUGACAGAUACUUUAUCACGUUUCAACGUCGAUGCCAUUUGCUCCAUUAAGGGAACUGUUUUAUUAGACAUUGGACGUUUGCAGGCUGAUGAGUCUGAUCUUGCUGCUUGUAAACAGAAUUCGAGUCUAGUGUUGAAAAGUGCUCCAAUAGCACACUCUAACUCUACCAUAAUUUUUGAUACUGUAACUGGAACACACAGACUGUUUGUGCUAAUAGUGUACAAGCAAAACGUCUGUGAAAGUCUUCACUCAUUAUCUCAUCCAGGAAUCCACGUUACUUAAGACUAAUUGCAGAAAGAUUUAUUUGGCCAAAAAUAUAAAGCAAUGAUCCAGAAAUUGUUUAUAAUGUCAAUGGAGAAACAUUUAUGUGCAUGCUGAUCUAGUUGGUUCUUUGGCCCCAUCGAACGGAUUUACUUACGUCUUUACUGUAGAGGACCGCUUUUCCAAAUGGCAAUUUGCAUGUGAGGUAGACCAAAAAGUAUAAUAACCAAAAAUUAGCGAUAAAGUUAUUACGUCCAAAAGUUAAUGCAACAAUAACAAUUCAUAAAUUAGUAACACAAAUUAAAAGUUCAGGGACGUUGCUUAAAUCAGCUAGUUGUUGCGUAUUCUGUUGAGUUUUGGUCCCAAAAAUCCACAAUUAUAAAUGAGUAAUAAUUCCAAUGAGGUAAAUAUGACUCCAGUAAGUUCCUUUGACGUAGAGUGUAAUAGAAAUGGCACAGCAGUCUAAAAUGUGGAUAAUAUUUGGUUUAGAAUGCGAUUAGCUCGAUAACGCGUGAGAAUAGAACAAGGAGCGUGUGUGUGUAAUAGUGUAUUUGCGAACAACCAAAAGUGUGUCACGCUACAUUAGUAUCACAACGGAAAAAGUCUUCAAG